AUGACUGCCAUUACCAUUGCCCUCCUCGCUGUUGUUCUAACAGUGAGUGAAUUUGCCUACGGUCAGCAGUUGGUGGAUGUUUACAUCUCAGAAGCAAGAGAAGGAAUGGCAGACUUUAAGAAGAAGCAAAGUGAGAUCCUGGAGAUACUCAACGGUACUCAAUUCACUGCUCUCCUUUCAGGAUUUGAAGACCUUCAGCAGAAGCAGAACAACCUACUGGCGAAUCUCUCAGAAAUGCAGAAGAAGCUGGGCCAAGUGGAGAACAAUCUGCAAGGACUUCAUCAUGACUUGGAACUCGUGAAAGGUGCAGUGAACAGCAACCAGGACUCCUUGCAAAAACACAACAGCACUGUGCUGGAGGAGGAGGAAUGCAGACUACCGACUGAGGAGGGAGGAAUGGCAAGUGACGAAUGA